CGGGAGGGAAGCGUGGGCGCAGCUUCCCACUCGGACCGUGGCCAUGCAGUGAGUGCCCGCCGUGGGACACGCCAGGGACAGCACUGUGAGAGGCAGAGCGCCGCGGGAACUCAAGAUGCAGAGGUGCGCUAGUUUCCUGUUUCUGUCUCUAAUCCUCGGUGCCACCCUCUCGGAAACAUUUGGGCUGGUUUUCUCAGCAAAAGAAAAAAGGGGUUGGACUUUGAACAGUGCUGGUUACCUACUUGGGCCACGUCGUAUUGAUCAGCUUUUACUGAUAAAGGAAAUGCCCAUUGCAAGGGGGAGAGAAGAGGCACCAGGGGCAUAUGCUGUAGAUAACCACAGGUCUUUUAAUGAUAAGCAUGGUUUCACUGGCAAACGUGAAAUACAGCCUGAUGAAGAUAUUAAAGCAGGGAAUCUUGGAAGACCACUGUCUGAUGACAACAUUAUGCGUACAGUAAUUGAAUUUUUGACUUACUUGCAUCUUAAAGAGUUGGGAGCACUUGACAAGCUACCUGCACCAGAGGAAACAAAUCAGUCUUGAAGAAUGCAUUUUUAUUUUGUUUCAGUGUAGAUUUAGACUGAAUUCUAAACAAAAGAUCUAAAUGAGCUGAUGUUGAGAAGUAUUGUUUGCAUUAAUCUGAUAAAUGGUAAAUGGCAUUCUCCCCUCUGGUUUGUUUGUUGAUUUUUUUUUUUUUUUUGCUUUCCCCCUUCCCCCUUUCUCCUGCAAUGCUAUAGUGUAUAAUUUUGCCUUGGUAAAUUUUUUCCUGUAGGUAAAUGACAAAAUAAAAAUAAGAGCAACUAAA